AUGCUCCUCCCUCUCGCUCUGCUGGCCCCGCUGCUGGUGUCUGCGAGCUUCGGCUCCCUCCGCCCCCGCCAAGACGAUAUCUCCCCCCUCCACCCCACCUCCCCUUUCGCCCCCCCCCGGCGGCGACCCGGCACCACCCCGCCCGGCUGUCCUCCCUGUUUCAACUGCCUCCUCCCAGCCUUCAACUGCGGUAACGGCGGUGAAUGUAACCCCUACGACGGCCAGUGCAAGUGCCCCCCAGGUUUCGGCGGCCAAGACUGCUUGACGCCGCUUUGCGGCGCACUGUCCGAUGGGGAUGAGCGGUUCCCGAGGGAAGAUGGGGAGCUUUGUGAUUGUAAAGACGGGUGGGGCGGUAUCAACUGUAACGUCUGUAAGAACGACGGCGCCUGCGCUGGCUUCCUCCCCCGAUCUGAAGGCGCCGAAGAUGGCGACGACGAUAUGGUAUGCUACCAGGGCGCCCUGGCCGUACGGGAGAAUUUCCAGAUGUGCGAUGUCACCAACCGAAAGAUCAUCGACACGAUCCCAAACAACAAACCCCCCCAAGUAACAUUCUCCUGCUCCGCCAACGGCCCUUCCUCCAACACCUCCUACACCCCUCCCCAAUCCCCCUUCUCCUCCCUCGAUACCCCGUUCCAGCCGGACGCCACCGGUACUUGCGCCUUCCAGUUUUGGGUGGAUAGGAUCGAGAGUUUCCAUUGCGAGUUGAAAGGGUGUAAUUGGCAGAAUAAGGCAGAGGUGGAUACGAACCAAACCAGCUACCAAUGCGAGACUAUCGAGUGCAGUUGUAUCCCCGGCAGGUUCUUGUGCGGUGAAGAUGGCAGUGUCAAUAUCGACGACUUUUUAUCAGAAGAAGUCAAAGGCCCCGGCUCCUUCAACUGCAUAUCCGGCAAAGGCUGCUCUUUCGAAGAACCGGCCAUGAACCAGCUCAUCAACGACAUUUUCGGCGACAAGUCCAUCACGCUCGAUUGCGAUGCCGGUGAAUGUCUGCACUACACCCAAGUGCCAGGCUACGUCCAACCAGAAAAGCCUGAUAAUAGCUCGAUGGUAGCGCUUAGUGCUGCUUUGGCGGCGGUGGUGUUUGUUUUGGUUUUCAUCUUGAUAUGGUACACCGGCCGUACCCGCAAACACACCCCCGGUCUUGGCGAGGUCCACCUCCCAGAAGACGAAGCCGCCAAACUCAUGUCCGACCACGUCCCCGCCACCCUCCACUUUUCCAACAUCACCUACGACCUCCCUCCUCCCGUCUUCUCCUCCUCCUCCUCUUCUUCUUCCUCUGGUACCCGACUCUUGUCGCAUGUUACGGGUACUGUCAGGCCUGGCGAGUUGUUGGCCAUCAUGGGCGCUUCCGGCGCCGGUAAAUCGACUUUGCUGGAUAUCCUUGCCCGAAAAGCCAAAACCGGGCGCGUCCACGGAGAAAUGUACCUUAACGGCCGUACCAUCGAAGACGAAGACACCUUCCGGCGCAUCAUCGGCUACGUCGACCAAGAAGAUACCCUCCUCCCCACGCUUACGGUGUACGAGACUGUGCUUUACUCUGCGCUUUUGAGGUUGCCGAGGGAUAUGAGCUAUGAGGCGAAAGUGUUUCGGACGCUGGAGACUAUGAAUGAGCUGGGGAUUUUGGGGAUCAAAGACUCGAGGAUUGGCGAAUCUGGAAAGCGGAGUAUCUCUGGCGGGGAGAAGAGGCGAGUGUCGAUAGCGUGCGAACUCGUCACAGGCCCCUCCAUCCUCUUCCUCGACGAGCCCACCUCCGGCCUCGACUCGUACAACGCCCACAACGUCAUCCACUCCCUCCAGCAGCUCGCCAAAUCAUACAACCGUACCGUCAUCUUUUCCAUCCACCAGCCCCAGUCCAACAUUGUCGCCCUGUUUGACCGGCUGCUCUUGUUGGCCAAGGGGCAGGUCGUUUAUUCGGGCGAGACGGGCAAGGCGGGGGGGCAUUUUGAGGGGUUGGGAUAUGGGUGUCCGCAGGGGUGGAAUAUGGCGGAUUGGUUGAUUGACCUUACUGUCGAUGCUGCGGGCGACCACCACCGUCAAGCGCAAACGCAAGGCCACCCCACCAGUACCAGUACCAGUCGGCUGGAACAAGACGCCGAAGCGGGCUUGCUCCCAUCCGGCUCGACGCCCAGCACCCAGGUGGCCGAGAGCGAGAGCGAGGUCUCGUCCUCCUCCACCCCAAGCGGCGGGGUGGGGGUGGGGGUGGUCGGGGAGAUCAAGAACAAGGCUCAACGACUCCUCGGCGCAUUCACACUCCCCUCCUCCCUUCCCUCCUCCGGCGCCUCCACCCCGACCGCCACUGCCAAAGACAACAACCCCAUCCCCCGCAUCCCCGAAAAACUCGCUUCCCUCAUCCUCGCCUCCCGCGCGAGCGACGACGCCAAAAUCGUCGAAGCUGAAAUCAGCCGUAUACAAUCCGGCGGGACCCCCGACGGCGGCGGCGGCGGCGGCGGGGGCGUUGGGCCGGGGGCGGGGGCGGGGGGGUUGGGUGGGAGUAGGGAUGUGGAGGAAGAGACGGGGUUGUUGAAGGGGUAUAAGAAGGCGAGUCUUUGGACGCAGUUUGUGUUGUUGAGUGAGAGGGCUUUUAAGAAUCUUUAUAGGAACCCGAUGUUGAUGGCCACGCAUUACGCCGUGGCGGUCCUCGCGGCGUUGCUCUGUGGAUUCUUCUUUUACCAGGUUACGAAUGAUAUCCCCGGAUUCCAGAACCGAUUGGGUUUAUUCUUGUUCAUCCUGUCCCUCUUUGGGUUCUCGUGUUUGAGUUCUUUGGGCAUCUUUGCGAAUGAGAGGCUGCUCUUCAUGCGUGAGAGAGCAAACGGGUACUACGCCCCCAUAACCUAUUUCCUCUCCAAAAUCCUCUUCGACAUCAUCCCCCUCCGCGUCAUCCCUCCCUUCGUCCUCGGCUCCAUCGUCUACGGCCUCGCCGGGCUCAACCCCGAAGUAUCAGCAUUCUGGAAAUUCAUCAUGAUCCUCGUGCUUUUCAACUUGUCGGCGUCGAGUAUAGUGUUGUUUUUGUCGGUGGCGGUCGCGGAUUUGGGGGUGGCGAAUCUGUUGGGCAGUUUGGUCAUGCUUUACAACUUGCUCUUCGCCGGACUGCUCAUGAACUAUGACAGAGUCCCGAACGGCCUCAAAUGGAUGCUCACCACCUCCUUCUUCCACGCCGCCUACGAAGCCCUCCUCGUCAACGAACUGCGAUACCUCCAGCUCAUCGAACACAAGUUUGGGCUGGAUAUCCAAGUGCCCAGUGCUACCAUCCUCUCGUCAUUCGGGUUCCAUGCGCAAGCGUUCUGGUGGCCUGAUGCGGCGCUUUUGGGGAUCGUGUUUGGCACGUUUACGAUCUUGAGUUAUCUCGUGCUCGAGUUUUGGGUCAAGGAGAGGCGUUGA